UAAAAAAAAGUUAGGAUUAAUGGAUUUUAGGUAAUUAUUCGUCUAGUACAGUUGCGCUGCUGUUGUGGCCUUGUGCAGGCCAAGCGUGCAACAAAAAUUCUCCUGCUUAGGAGGAGGAGUUGGUUAUGGGCUUGAGUAGAAGUUAUCCAAGACUAGGCUGGCUUUGCAGAGGUCGUGGCAUGCCAAGUGAAUUCCUCAGACAAAAGUGCAUGCUCUGGUGUUUGUUAUACUACUCUCUUAUUAUAGCUUUGUGAAUGCAACAAGCCAUGGAAAAGGUGAGCUUUCAGAACAUUACGCUUAAAAACCAAUAGUUAAAGGAAUUUCUAGCUUAUUCGACCACUUAAUAAUUGUAGCAGGCUAAUUUAGACUUCCUUUGAAAUGGUUUCAAAUAUGUUCUGUGGCACCUGGAAAAAAAUAGAUGAGGAGUGGGGUUGAAAUGCUGCCCUUAGGAUUGUAAAGGUUCCCGAGCCCUGGUCUAGUGGCUAUAAACUCUCAGUCGAAUGUUCCACUGGCCAUGAUAUAUAACCCACCUGCAAAAAUGGCAUCUCUGCUGCUCUCAUAAUUUUUGAUGAGGAAAAAAAUAUUGAAAACAUAAAAUGAACAUUUUGUACAGUAAAAGACUCCGUCCUCUGCUUUUUACAGGGACAACAAAUAUUGGCCAUCUUUACUAGCAUUCUUGGAGUAUUUCACAGUACUGAGUUUCAGUUCCCACGUAUAUUUUUUUUAUCAGCAUAGCUCUUGCUGAAUUCCAGAUAUUCUGACGCCCAACGAUUUUUGGUGUCUAUGCAGGCAGAACACAGCUGCCAUUCAACGUCGUCCAGAUUUGAACUUUGCUUCACAACUGCGCUUCAAGAGGAAUAUAUGGAUAUACAUCUGUUAGGAGAAUGAGAUGUUUGUAUAAAAAGUUACAUACUGAUUAAAAAUUCAUUAAUAUUGUAAUUGUUUUGUGUGUGCUAGUGUAUUUUAUGUAAAUGUACUCAUUUUCCCUGUAAGGAACACCAGCACUUUAAAAAGUACCACAUCUUUUCUUUUUUUCUCUAACAGCACUGAUUUCUUCCUUCUGAUGAUCAUGCAUGGUGCCAUGUUUUUGUCUUUCCUCUUGGGACGGAGGUCAGGGGUGGAGGGGGCGUCUUGCCCCCCUCUUCCCGGACCUCCAAGGUCACUUGUGAAAAUUGCGUGCUCUUCAGUCGUAGGUCGUCAUGAUUUUUCUGAGGUGUCACAAUAUGAUUGUCCUACUCGCACGUCUCCAGGAAAUGAGGUGUGGAAGAAGGGGUUGCACACUUUGCACCCGCCCUCUCACACGCACGCACACAUACCUUAGGAAAAAAAAUCCCGAGAACGCCCAUGGUGUAGGUGGGAUCUGGUGGCAAAUUCCCAGGCACCGACUGAGGUGCCAAAUUUGCUUCCAGCAGUUCAACUAUCAUUACUAUAAACCAGCUGUAGAAAAAGUGCAAUGUGUCCAGGCGCAUCAACUAUUUCAUGUGUGUACAUUUUCCUGACAUCCAACGAGCACAAACAUCCAUGCUGCAUGGUCAUCUGAUUACGCCUAAUCAGGAAACUGAUUAUAAACCUUGAUUUACUAAGCGCAACAAAAUUACAUUUCUGGGCUAAUUAUUAUAACCAAAAUAAUAACUAGAAACAUUUUUCAGCGUCACAUGGUUCAUGCGAAAGGCAGUUGUCACUCGCGAAAAUGUAAAAGAAAUGCACAGUCUUACACAAAUUUCACGUAUGCAUGUUUGUAUUUACAACAGAAAGGAGAUGGUUGAGAGCAUCUAAGUUUUAAUGAGAUGUGCCUUUCGUGCAAAAGGCUGCACUUCUUCAAAUCCUGACGUAAAGACGAAGAGUCCUGAACAAGUGCAACCUUCUGUAUGAAAGUCUAAUUAAAAUUUAAAAUUAAAAUUAUUUAGAUGCUCUCAGCCAUCUUCUUUCUGUUGUGAAUCUCUGUCACCGGAUACUUGCACAUUUGCCUUUUUUGUAUUUACAAUGAGAAGGUGCAAAAUCAGGAGUGCUGUCCAAAGAUGCAAUCACAUUGUUUAUGUGCGCAAGCCUGCACUGAUUUUGACCUGUUUUUUUUUUCCAUCUUCCACCAGGGUUAAAGCUCAGGCUGCUGACUGAAGCACUGAGAUUGAGUACAACUGACCGUACAUCCACAGCCGACUGUGCCACUGAUGAUGCCAUUUUGAGCGUAUGUGUGUAGGUGCAGAUGGCAGAACCCGACAAUCCUAACAAUUGGGAGCAAAAGGAAGAUAGAUGAAGAUGGUGCCCAGUGAAAGGGCCACGAAAAACCCCCUUCAUUAAAAUAUUGUGUUUGAAGCUGACACUAAAGCUUGCGAAUGAAGUGCACUGCCUUUGAGGCUUUAUAUUGGCAUCAAUGUCACGUGAAAUGAUAUGAUUUCUGCUAAUUACUAGAGAAUGGCACUUGAUGAAAAGGCACCUGCGGUGGGAUCUGAACCUGCACCGACCAAUUUCCAACUUGGCAGUGCAAGCCGUUUCCACGGAUACAAUAAAUCCUGCCAACAUGAGAACUAAUGGGGCAGCCUGUGCCAAGCUGUACCUCCAGGCUGCUGGUGCCACUUGCAUCAAGCAAGUGCCCGAGGAUGACGCUGAUCUCUCUGUGCCAGGAGUUCAUGUGACGGCCGGUGAAUCAUUCUCCGACAGACUUCAAGAUGCAAUAGUAACUCGUAACGUCGCAGUAAAAGAAGAGCUUGAAGACAUGUUGCCUUCAUCUCACAGUGAUUGUGAAUGGCAAUUUGACACUGAUGGCUUUACUGCUGUUUUACGUAAUACUUCCAGAGUAAAUCGGAACGAUGCAAUAAUGAAUUGUAAUGUCCCAGUGAAAGAAGAACAUAAAGAGUCGCCGCCUUCGACUGAAAGUGACGCUAACGUACAGUUGGCCGCGGAAGAAUCUUCACCCGUUCUACAUGACGCUCCCAUUGUCGAUCCGAACGGUGAGAAAACGAGCAUGGACCCAGCCGACGAAUACCCUUACAAAUGCAAGCUAUGUCCGGCGUCGUUUAAACAUCUUGAAGACUUCGAACGUCACGAACCGAGCCAUUCAGAUGAACGGUUGUACAAGUGUAAGAGGUGCCCGGCUUCCUUUUUAGCGUUCGCCGCUCUUCAGCGUCACGCGUGUAACAUGCAUCCUGCACCCGAUGAACCUGAACUCUGUUCGUAUGAAUUCAUGCUGCGCAACCCCGCAGAUAUGACAGGCACGCACGUGCCCGUAGAGGAGGACGGUCAUGCCCCAUGGGGGAAGGUGCCGCGUGUAGUCGAGCUGAUUGCCUCCAACGGCGUAUGUUUCAGUGAAAUGCCAUUCGCAUUCACCCCCUAGUUUGUCUGCCUGUAACUGGCAGGUCAUUGCUUCAAACAAGUUUUAUAUAGCUAGUGAAUGAGACAGUGAGUGCCUGUGACUUACAAGUGCUGUAAACGCAUUAAUGUUCACAAAUUUUAUGACUCAAUUGCUUACAAAUAAAGUGGCAGUUAUACUAG